AUAGGUAACGGAGCCCCUUUAAGCUGUUCAUUUCGUUCUUCACCAAUCCAAAGAGCCACCCUAGAAUAUUAUUUCAGAGACUCAGAUUCUUCUUCCUUCCAUUUCCUCUGCAUCCAACCUCAUUCCACAACCACACGAGACUCUUCGCCUUCAUUCAACGAUGUCGGAAGCACCAUUCACACCACGAGAGAAGCUUUUUGAGAAGCAAAAGUAUUUUCAGAAUAUCCAGAAGCAUACUUACUUGAAAGGGCGAUAUGAUAAGAUUACGUCUGUUGCAAUACCAAUUGCUUUGGCUGCAUCGUCACUUUUUAUGAUUGGACGAGGGAUCUAUAACAUGUCUCAUGGAAUAGGAAAGAAAGAAUGACUUGGCAAUUUCUGAUUGAGAAGGUGGUUGAACAGAACCUCCUUAAUAUGGACGAUUGGUUUUCUAUGCAUUUAUGCUAGUUCUCUUAAUAAAAUUGCUUUGUUGCAGACCUUGACCACCAUUCGGGGUUGAUAACUUGAAUGAAUAGUUCUUUGUUUUGUUUGAGAUAAUCAUUUGAUGACUUAAACCGCUGGUAUCGCGUUCUGGUUUA